GAAGCUUGCGACGUCAGCCAAGGUGAAUCCACGGGAAAAAUUAUUAAAGAGGAGAAAAAUGUAUCCACGAAGAGCGCUGUAGAUGUGUUGUGGACCACGUUGAAAAUGUGCGGCUGGUGUCUCUGGCCGGGCGUGGCGUGUUUCGCGGUAAGCGCGGUCACCACUUCGUGGCAGCUGGUGUGGAUCAAAGACUGGACGGACGCAAAUGGACCGGACAGUGGCAGCAGCCCAUAUGAUCCCCACUGGAUCCGUGGACUGGUGGGUUUGUCCGUGGGGGCCGUGGCCAGCCGCCUGGCGGGGAACGUGCUGCUCUCCUUUGCCAUGAAUCGAUUGUCCAGGUUGCUCCACCACGAAAUGCUCGAGCGAGUGCUCUUCAGCCCGGUGUCGUUCUUCGACGCGACACCCCGAGGCAGGAUCUUGAAUCGAUUCACCGCCGAUCUCAGCGGAGUGGACAACCGCAUGGCCACACUGAGCCGCCAGUUGGUUCAGAACAGCUUGGUGGCCCUCUCGCGGAUGGCGGUCAUCGGCACAGAGAGCAUUGCUGUUAUCGUGGUCGGGUUGGUGGUGCUCAUCGUGUUUACCGUCGGCACAGCGCUGCUGACUCGUGCGGUGAACGCGACACGUUUCAUCCGAAGCGCUCACUUCUCGCGCCUGCUUCAGCACGUGACGGAGACCGUGGACUCGCUGACCAUCGUGCGAGUGUUCGGCAUGACGGAGCGUUUCUACGAGCGCUUCUGCCGCCUAGCGGACCAGAACCUCCGUGUCUCCCUCGCCUCGGUCACUUGCAGCAGACUGACUCGGACGUUCGCCAUGGCCUGCAGUCAGACCAUGGUUCUGGCCACGCUUGUCUUCACCGUAGCCAUAGGCGGAGGCGGCAACGAGUACGAAGACACGCAGCGAUCAAGCAGCAUCGGGCUUGCACUGAACUCUUCGUUGGCAAUCCCCAUGACAAUGGCAAUGCUGUGCAUCACCUUCCUAGGCAUGACUCAAAUUAUGGUUUCCUUGGAACGGGACAUCGAGUACACAGAGCUGCCAAAAGAGGAUGACGUCGAAUAUAUUGCCAUCGAGGAAGCACCCAAUGGCAAAACGAAUUCGAAGGUCACAGACUCUGUGGCUAAGCUGCAUCAGGUGGACAAAACAUGGCCCUUUGAAGGUUGCAUUAGUUUCCAGGACUUCUCAGCGUCGUACCGACCGUCAGUGCUCGAGGACUCUCUCAAACAUGUCACCUUCACUGUGAACGCGAGGGAGAAG